GGUGCUGCCUGUUGCUGAGUGGAAGACAGCAGAAAACCGUGGAUUCAAACCUCUGUUGGGCUUUUGUUUUGCUUUUGUUUCCUUUCAUUUUGUCUUAAGAAGAUGAACAAUGAAACCACAACCCUGAUAUCCUUGAAGAAGGCGAUGAAAAGAAAAGAAAAAAGAUUAGACCACAAACUCCAAGCUUUAAAAGCACAGUUUAAACAACUAGACUUCACCAAGGAUAACCUGACACAAAAAUUUGAACAUCAUAGCAAGAUGAUGGCAAGCCAGGCAGCCCAAGAUGAGCUCUGGACAGCAGUUCUGGCACUCAAGUUCACUUCAAUGGAAUUGAAUAUUGUAUAUAGCUACGUCAUUGAAGUUCUUAUCUGCUUGCACACUCAUGUACUUGAGAAGCUACCAGACCUGGUGAGUGGUCUUCCCACCUUAGCCUCUGUCCUUCGACGAAAAGUCAAGAACAGGUGCAUCAGAGUUGUGUGGGAGUCAGUCCUGGAGGAGUAUGGGCUGCAAGAAAGUGAUAUCACAGCACUUUGUACCUUCUUUAUUGCACAUGGUAACAAGGCAGAACACUACAGUGCCAAAGUGAGACAGAUGUACAUUAGGGAUGUCACUUUCAUGAUCACCAACAUGGUAAAGAACCAGGCUUUGCAGGACAGUUUGCUGAGAGCUGUUCAGCUCAUUGAGAAGGGGAAAGCAGUGAAAGCCUCUGAAGAGCAAAGGUCAUCCCUGAAAGAGUUGAUACCAACAGUCAAAAACUAACCUGUUAUCUUAUGACCAAGCUAUUCUACCAUAUUUUUUGGACCAUAAGACACACCUAGGUUUUAGAGGAGGAAAAUAGGAAAAAAAAUUGAGGCAAAAAAUGUGGUAAAAUAUUUAAUAAGUAAGAUAAUAUUUCACCAAUGUAACUAUAAAGCCACAUUCGGAGUCUAAGACGCACCCCCAUUCUCCUCCCAAAUUUUAGGAAAUGGUGUGUCUUAUAGUCUGAAAAAUACAGUACUUCCAGUAAUUUAUCUUGCAAAUAGGGAAAAAUAUGUACAUACAAUUUUGUUAUGGACUUAUUUUUAUAGCAAAAGUUGGGGAACUAUUAGAUAAAUUAUGAUAAAUUGAUAAAUGGAUACUUUCUGUGUAACUAUAUUAAAAAUGAAGAAUCUCUGUGUUUUAAUUGCAUAAUGGAUGAUGUGGAGUUAUCACAAAGAUAUGCUGUUUUAAAAUAUUUAUUUUCAAUAUAUAUUGUUAAAUGUAAAGAGGGACAAACACAAAUAUGUAUAUACACAUAUAUAAGCUAAUAUAUCCAUAAACUUCAUAAACUUCUUCUGGAGAAUACAUAAGAACGUGAUAACAUUGGUUGUCUUAGGGAAGAAAACUAAGAAGCUAAGGGGUCAAAGGUAGGAGGAAGUCUUCUUACUGUUAGUCCGUGCAUACAUUUUGAAUUUUUGAACAAUGUCAAUGUAUUAUCUAGUAAAAGACAAAACAAUAAAAAUUACCUAAUAUA